AUGCCUCUCAUCGUGGAAGACUCCGUCAAAGCCUAUUCUGAACCGCUUCGAAACGACUCGGAUGCAGACUGUAGCGAUGUCAUUGGAGUUGAUCGGCUUCGAAGAUGUGCCGAGCUCGCAUCCCCCUUCAAGUCACUAGCCUCCUUCCGAGAUAAUGAUCAACAACGAAUCAACCCCAGAGGUGAGGAAGGGCAGGGUGAUAGCGACUAUGGCAGCAGCGAAUCCUCGGACCAAGAGGGUCGACUAGAGCACAACGCGAAGAAGCAGCUGUUGCAUGACGCGGUGUCUGUUGCCCGUCUCAGAGUCGACCGAUGUAGCACGACUGAAGCCUCAGAGAUAGAGGACAGUGCGAACGAAGACGAUAGGGUCGGCUCCGAGGUGGGUAAGGGUAGCAGAUUUGGCUCAGCUUUGUUCUAUCAUCAACAUAGCGAGGUGCUGCCGGCCGCGCCUCAGCAGUGUCGUGAUGCUUCUGUCGAGACAUCGUGCCGACCUCGACAACACCGCCGUGAGGAACCCCACAACAUCGCCCUAAGAAGGAAGCAUCUGAGCUCUGACACAGUUCGAUCGAAGGCGACGCGAACCAGCACACAUACCGACAAAGAUCCGGGACGGCAGCAUCAUACAUCAUCGGCGAGUGCUAGCACGCCGUGUGGUCUGAAUGAUGAUCACAAGACUCCUCCAAAUCUCUUCGAGAUCAGCGGGAUGUCUUUGCAUUUCAAACCCAACUCUGAUACCGCGAUAGCGCAUGUGCGAGCUUUGAACCCGCAAUCCCACGCAAUGGCACCGAUACCAGGCUUGGAGACCUUUGGUGCUGAGUAUCAGACUGUUCACUGGGUUCAGCGGACACAAGAAUCCUGGUUGCUUGUUGGUUUUCGAAACCGCACUACUGAGCCCAUAUCCUGCACUGGGCGAGGGAGAAAAUCUCUAGGUUUCGAGCCAGAGUUGCACAUCUCGCAAGAUACAACCGGUCUUGAGACGAGCAGUGCUGGGAAUAGCAGCGAAGAAGAUGACGACCACGCUACUGGCGGUGUACGUGGUCUAUCAUCACGCGAACCCUGGAAAGAGUCCGACAAUUAUCGCCUCCUCUCUUACAGAGACAAAGAGGAACUGCCUUAG